AUGAAACUGAACUUGAGAUUGAUUGUCCUUGUGACCUUUGGUCCAGCCCUAAUCCUUGCCGGUGACAUUGGCAAGUGCUCGGAACAAGCAAGUUGCAUCGAUUUUACCAUCCAGAAAACGAGCAACUGCUUUGGAGAAGACUGUGGUAUUCAGGUCUGUAUGAUCGUGGACACUGAAAAGGAAGGCUGUCCGAAGGAAGAAAACAUCAGUCACUUGUGUUCUGCUAGUUCGGGUGGAUGCGCCGCAUACGAUACCGACGGUGUGACACCUCUCACUGGAAAGGGCACUUCGUCUGACUGUACCAGUACUACCUUUGAUGGCAAAUGCGAGCCUGAGACAUAUGGUGGUCAGAGGAGGGUCGAAAUGUGCCAAGAAGGAAAGCCAGGAGAAACCGUUUACUGGGCACUCAAGGAUGCAGAAAUAGAAGAAACAGGAUCUUCUGAAUACACUGGUUUCUUUACCUUUGAACAAGAUUUUACCACUUGCUCACCAACGAUCAAAUGUCUGGGAGAUGGGCACUCCUUGGAAUGCGCAGCUCCUAACAGUGACAUGACUUCAUCUACCCGUGUUUGGGAGUAUACCAUCCCUGCCAAUGAUGGCAAUGCUUGUGAUCUGUGUGGCGGUGGGGGGACUCCAACUUCACCAACACCAACACCAAAUCCACCUACUCCAGCAUCAUUGCAACCAAUCUCAACACCAUCUCCAGUCGCGCCUACUCCAGGUUCUGAUAUUGAGCCUACACCUGGAAGCAACGGAGAUCCUCAUUUCAAGACCUGGAAGAACGAGCACUUUGAAUAUCAUGGACAAUGUGAUUUGGUCCUCAUCAAGGAUGAAGACUUUGCAGAUGGCCUUGGUCUUGACAUUCAACUCCGCACCAAGUUGGUUCGUUACUGGAGUUACAUUCGUAACGCUGCCGUCCGGAUUGGACAUGAUAUCAUCGAACUGGAAGGAUCGGGCGAUGGCCCCCAAGAUCAAUCCGUCCGAUACUGGUACAACAUGCAAUUCCGAUCAGACGAAGCCAAGACUUUGGGUGGAUUCCCCAUGGAGAUUCGUCGGGUCUUGUCCAAGAAAACCAAGAUUGAGAUUGACUUGAACAGCAAGUAUCCUGGUAUCAAGAUUGUUCUAUCCACCUACAAGGAAUUUGUCAAGGUGGAGGUCGAAGGAGCCACUGAAGAAGCCUUUGGCAAUUCCAUUGGAUUGUUGGGUGAUUUCCAAACGGGAGAAACCCUUGCCCGUGAUGGUAAGACCUACAUGCAUGACUUUCGCGAAUACGGUGAGGAAUGGCAAGUCUCCCCAGUGGACGACAUGCUCUUCCAUUCGACGGAAGAACCUCAAUUCCCCAAGAAGUGUCUGGAGCCUGAGGAUCCCCGUGGACACCGUCGUCGUCGUUUGGACGAGUCCAAUAUCACAAUGGAGCAAGCCGAGAAGGCCUGUUCCAGACUGAAGGAUCCUUUGGACCAAAAGGAUUGCAUUUAUGACAUCUUGGCCACUCAGGAUGUUGGAAUGGUUGGAGCCUUUUAA